ACAGGAGAUUGUGCAAAAUAUUUUACAUCUUUUCUCGCAUAGUACCCUGCCGACUCUGGACAAUUAAGACUGAGUUGGGCAGAUAUGGGUCCCAGGCUCAGUCUUCUCCUCACCCAGGCGGGUUAACUCCGGCCACUCCUUUUCCUCAUUCGCACGACCCGUCGGGCUAGCGGGUAAUCCUUAUUCGCGCUAUGUGGAUUGAGCAUUGGCGGGAUCGGCGAGAUCUUUGUUUUUCCGUACAUAUCGACUUCGCAAAUUCGAUGGCAUGUCAUUUGGACUUGAGGAGACUAUAGCCCACCCCCGGUAAGAGUGGCAAAGACAACAUCUCUCCGUCCCCGAAACAAUUCUAUCACUCAACCUCGAACCGACCCCCAUACUAGGCAGCAUUGACCUCCCUAAGUAGCCUCAUGGUAUCGUGAGUUGCCCACAAGCUGACAGACCUAGAACGGUGUUUCAUUGCGGGGUAUGGCAAAUAUCAAAUACGUCGGGUAGCUCCGCGACACGAUUUGUGUUGGGGCUUGUCACCUUGAGACUACGGUUGGAGAACUGUGAAACUAGGGAAAUCACUGGGGUUUCUCUAGCGUACUUUCUUGGUCCCGAUCGUUGUUUACAUUCCGCUAUAGGCUGCUUUGUAAUGCUGACCUUUAAGGUACUGGGCAUAAUUAUGAGUACUUGUUUCGUUUAUUGACUUAGUGAUCGAAGGUUCCACUACGGUAAUAGCAUCAGGGAUUCGGGAGCAGCAUUCGGUAACGGCGCGGUAACGUUGCAUCGACUACAUUCAGGGCACGAAAAUCUCCCUCUCUAUCUUGACAGCGACGGCUUUUACUCGGUCAAAGGUCCCGCACUGCAUAUGAGGCAUAACGGAUACCAUACUGCUCACCUUUGGGAUAACCAAAUUCUCACCCCCGGUGGCCAAAGCCCUUGCAUACCAUCCCAACUUUGCCAGCUUCCUAUCGACACCCCCAACGAGCUACCCCCUCCUCCCAGCAGUUCGUCCGCUACUAUCUCUCUUCCUGCGCCUUCGCCUCGAUCUCCCAAUAGCAUCCGAGCGUUCUCCCAAAGGAGUUAUACUUGCAAUGAACCAGGUUGCACAUGGAAAUCUCCGUUCCGGACGAAGCAAGGCUUAUCACGUCACCAUCAAUCGAAGCAUAUCCAAAAACGUCUGGGCUGUCCUAUACGGGGAUGCGGAGGGGUGGGGAAUAAGGGUGUUAAACGAAGGGAUAAUCUUCGUGUCGGAAUCAACAUGGGGUAAAACUGCCCCGUGAAUCGCGACCGGUCUCUGGCUAGGCGCUGCCAUAAUAGCAUAUCACAUGCUAGGAGAGUCGCAUACUCUCUGGGGAUCUGGAUUGCGUUCCAUGGCUGCUACUGUAUCGCAUAGGAUUGGAAGUUUCGUUGUGCUUUUGAGGGUGGGGUUUGUUGUUGGAGCUUUGGUACCCGCGGCCCACAUUUUUAUCCGCAGAAGGGUUUCUUAUAAUUUUACCUUCUUUACCACCUUCCCGUCAUUUCCCUUUCCUAUUCUCACGUUACCUCAAUGUUCCAUACUUUUCACGCAUGGCUUAGUGGAUCUACCAUCCCACUGAUCGUGGAGUAUCCCUCCAUCUCCCCAGCUGCCCCCAAGCUCACCUUAGAUCCCUCUAACUUUGACAAACAACACCUCCGGGCUACUUUCCUCCACUUGUUUGUCCUUCUCUCGAUACAUCUCAUGUAAGGGACUUGGCUCCGUUGUUCCUUUGAUUUCUUUCAGCUAGAAAACCCCUACAACGCCGCUCGCUGUUUCGCCGACGACCUUUGCGUUUGCUUGUUUAUAUUUGCUGGGGAUUUGUUUUCUAUUGCUUCAGAUUAGGCGAGAGCCGUCCGGGUUGCGGAGGCCUCCGUUGUUCGUAGGAUUGUCGAGCCCCAUCACGGGACCUCCAUAAGCCCCGACGAGUCUCGUCUCGUCCUCUUUUUCCACCCCCUUCUCUCGAUAUUCCCUGCGAGUCCCCUCGCUCUCUUGACUCCCUUUUGAACCGCUCGAUCACUGCAAUGUUAUUGUUUUUUAACGUUCCAUAUUUGUUUCUAUCCUAGCCGUCCCCUGUAUUCAUGUACUUAUGGGCAAACACCCUGACCGCAAAUGGUGCUGUUCUCGCUUUCC